ACCGAAGAGGAUGGUUUUAAUAAAUUAAAAGUAAACUGGGGACAUGCGCGAUCGUGUCCUCCGGCAUAUAUGAAGGAUCUUGCUUACGAAAAUCAAUAAAGCUGUGAAACGUGCCUCGGAAAAUCAAGGAUAACCGCUGUGGAAAACCAGAAAUUUUAAGGAAAGGUACAGAAAAACACGUCGGACAAUUUGGCAGUGAAUUAAAAGUGAUAGUUUAAAUCAUUUCGCGAAUACCAAUUAAAACGUUCCCGAUUUUUAUAAACAAUGAUUCAGUUUAAGGUCUUUUAUAGCUCUCUACUAACACGGUUACCCACUUUUCUUACAAAUAAACAAUUUUUGUUUACCGUGUGACAAAAGGACGGACAGUUUAGGAAAUGAUUCGAUUUGCAGUGUACACAGUUCUUUUAUUGUUAAUUUUUUUGAAGUGUUGCAAUUUUCAAAAACCGAAUAUGGACAAUAAGAGACACGACGUUUAUGUUGCUGGUUUCUUUCCUUAUGGAAGAGGAGUAGAAAAUUCUGACACAGGUCGUGGUGUAAUGCCGAGUGUAAAACUAGCCUUGGAUCAUGUGAAUGAACAUUCUUCUAUUUUGAGAAACUAUAGACUGCAUAUGUGGUGGAACGACACUAUGUGCAACGCAGCAGUAGGCGUGAAAGCCUUCUUCGAUAUGAUGCACAGCGGACCCCACAAACUCAUGCUGUUCGGGGCAGCGUGUACUCAUGUAACCGACCCCAUAGCUAAAGCUUCCAAACAUUGGCACUUAACGCAGCUAUCAUACGCAGAUACACACCCGAUGUUCACUAAAGAAAAUUUUCCAAAUUUUUUUCGGAUAGUGCCAUCCGAAAACGCAUUCAACGCCCCAAGACUGUCUCUUCUAAAGGAAUUUAAUUGGACCAAAGUGGGUACUAUAUAUCAGAACGAGCCUCGGUAUUCUUUAGCUCACAACAGGUUAGUUGCUGAAUUAGAUACAAUGGGUUACCAGGUUCUAGAAACGCAAAGUUUUACCAACGAAGUUCUUUCUGCACUUACAAAGCUUAAGGAGAAGGAUACUCGAAUAAUUUUAGGAAAUUUUAACGAAAUAUGGGCCCGCGAUAUCUUUUGCGAAGCAUACAAACUAAAAAUGUAUGGUAAAAAAUAUCAGUGGAUCAUAAUGGGAACGUACAGUCCAGGAUGGUGGACGAGGUUAGAUCCUGACUUUAACUGUACGCUGGAAGAACUGGAGUCUGCCUUACAACAAACAAUUUUGACUGAUCUGUUACCAUUAUCGACUAGUGGGGAAAUUACAAUAUCUGGAAUAACAGCAGAUGAAUACAACCAGGAGUACGAAACAAGAAAAGGGGAUGAAUAUUCGAGAUUCCAUGGAUACACGUACGAUGGCAUUUGGGCGUUAGCUUUAGCGAUACAGAACGUGGCACAUAAAAUUAAAUACUUCAGAAGAAAUGAAUCGGUUGUGGAUUUUAGAUACCGAGAUCCUAUUUGGGAAAAACUAUUUUUAGAUGCUUUGCAUAAUACAAGUUUUGAAGGAGUUACCGGACCUGUAAGAUUUUACGAUAACGAAAGAAAGGCGAGCAUUCUCUUGAAGCAGUUUCAAGAGGGUAAAGAAGUAAAAGUGGGCGAAUAUAGUGCUGCAACACAACACUUAGAUCUUACACUCGGGGAUCCACUCAAGUGGAUUGGCAAAUAUCCACCCAAAGAUAGAACUUUAGUUAUAAUAGAACAUACCAGGGUAAAUAAGACUGUUUACGCCAUUUUAGCAACGUUGGCAGUUUGCGGUAUAAUUAUGGCCAUAGUGUUUCUGGCUUUUAACAUCAAAUACAGGAAUCAACGAUACAUAAAAAUGUCCAGUCCACAAUUAAAUAAUUUAAUCAUUAUAGGAUGUAUGUUGACAUAUACGAGCAUUAUUUUUCUUGGGCUGGAUUCUGGGUUAUCCAGUAUAGAUGCAUUUCCCUACAUAUGCACUGCUAGGGCCUGGACACUGAUGGCCGGGUUUUCACUGGCCUUCGGAGCUAUGUUUAGUAAAACUUGGAGGGUACAUUCCAUAUUCACAGACGUCAAGUUAAACAAAAAGGUCAUCAAAGACUAUCAGCUCUUUAUGGUAGUCGGAGUUCUUCUUGUCAUAGAUUUGGCUAUCAUGACGACCUGGCAAAUCGCUGAUCCUUUUUAUCGAGAUACGAAACAAAUGGAAAGAUACCAACAUCCUUCUAACGAAGAUAUUAUUAUUAUUCCCGAAAAUGAAUACUGUGCUUCUGAACAUCAAACUAUUUUCGUUGGGUCUAUAUAUGCCUACAAAGGCCUUUUAAUGAUUUUUGGUGCCUUCUUGGCCUGGGAAACCCGUCACGUGUCAAUUCCAGCACUGAAUGACAGCAGACAUGUUGGUUUAUCUGUUUACAACGUCGCCAUCAUGUGUAUAUGUGGUGCUGCGGUAGCUUUAGUAUUAGUAGAUCAUCAAGAUGCCAUGUUUUUAAUAAUAGGAGUAUUUGUAAUGUUUUGUACAACGGCCACGUUAUGGUUGGUGUUCGUUCCAAAACUAUUAGAGCUCAGAAGGAAUCCAGCAGGAGCUAUCGACAAAAGAUUUCGGCCUACUCUUAGACCAAUGUCAAAGACUCGCAGAGAUUCCAGCGUUUCCGAACUAGAAACUAAAAUUAAAGAUGUCAAAAGUUUAAACUCCAAAUAUAGAAAAACUUUAUUGGACAAGGAAUCUGAAUUGCAGAUGCUGAUUAGGAGACUGGGAAACGAAGCCAAGGAACUGUUAGAAUCUAGAGCAGACUCAAUGAGUGACACUAACAGACUAUCAGUUCCUCUAUUAAGGAAAGAAGCACCAAGUGCUACGGAAACCAGUGAUUUGACUUCACUGUGCAGUUUGAGUUCUCAAGAUUAUGCCACUCUGCAAAGAAAUGAUAGCCAAAAGCAAGUGAUCAAUUUUUUAUAUUUAUAUCUGUUGAUAUUGGAAAGGUUAAAAAAUUAUACAAAAUAUGUCAAUACCUUUUUUGUUUACAGUCAAAUGGGUAACCACAAUCACCACAAAAUAAAGAAGAAGAAAAUCCUUGGAGAGUCUCCCAAACGUGCAAAAUCCCCUGUUCCAACACUUCAGGAACCUCAGCCUGAACCUCAAAAGCAUCUGAAUGGUACCGUUAAACAAAACAACGAGACUUCAGAAUUGGAUAGCAAUUACAACUCAGUUAAGGAAAUUCCUAAAGAUUCUAAACCGGAGUAUGAUAAACCCCCUGAUUAUCAACCAGUGGAAUAUCCUAAGGAAGAAUAUGUAAGGACGAAAACUCCGACUCACGAAAGAAGAUCAUCGAGAUGCUACGACUCAGAAACCAUGACAAUAACACGAAGAAAAUCUAGUCUGAAAGCGGAAACUGUCGUCGAACAAGAAGAGAGAACGUGUCACAAAACUGCCGUCCCCAGUAACCGAACAACUCCCAAGAAAAAGCCUGAGUACGGUACUCACGUAGUAAGUAAAAGCGAGCUCUGGGACACCGGAAGCCAACACAGGUGCAUGAAGAGCCAUCAGAAAAACAGUAGAGUUAGUAUAUCCCAAGAAGAAGACGAUCCUCACAUGCACCGAACAGUCUCCGAACGAAAUCGCCAUUCUUCGCAAAGAGACAAACGCGACAAAUCACCUGCCAAAAAACAACAAGAGCCACAGCAACUGCCUACGAACAUCUGCAACCAGCAGUGCAACAAGUUGGGGUACUUCCAAAGUACCCCAAACGUGAACUCGCUGAAGAACCCCGCUCACACCCCCAAAAGGGAGAAAUCGAUGUACAACGCCACUUCUGAAAGUGAACUCUUAGACCGCGAGAUAUUACCGAUUUUCCAAAAAUUGCUCACUGAACGCAAUAAGAGCCAACAUAACAUAGAUAUUUCUUUCGGUAGGUCGUGUCCGAACAUUUCUAUUAAGUGUGAUAUCGUGGAGUAUUUGUAAAAUUCUAAAUGAACGUUUUAGUAAAACAAACAGACUUUAAUCAAUUGCACUUAAGAGAACAUCCAUAAACUACGGCGUAGAAAAGUCGGGAGGGGGACUUUGCUUAAUGCGAUGGAAUACGACAAGGGUGAACAUCCGACGUCGUUUUUUAUAUUUCAAUUUGUCGUUAUUAUUUCUAUAAACAUAAUUUAAUUAUUCUUGUUAUGAUAUAUUAGUAAAUAAAGUUUAAUAGUUAAUUAUAAAAAAUCUAGAAAUAUCGUUGAAUUUCUUCGAUAUGAGGGGGGAACUCGACUGUAAACGCUUUAUGAUGAAAGGGUGGAAGGGUAUUUAAUAGUCCAAUUUUUUACGACGGAGUUUAUGGAUGUUUCCUAAAAAAUGUAUAGAAUGCCAAUACUGAUUUCAUACAAAACUUUUAUACUCAUUAGAAAUAGAUUAUACUAAUUUUGACGUUGUUUAAAACUGACAAUUUUAACAUGGGACAUGAGAAACUUUUGUUUUUAAUACGCUCGCAAACAUACUGCUAAGUAAUUAACUACAGUUGAGUCCACGAGUCUUUACCCGUGCGUCAUCAUUUAAAGCAUACGAAAUAAGUCGGAAAUCUAUUUCACGCAACAACAACUGACAGAGAGUGGCUACUGUUCCGAUUACGGGUUUUAUUAUAAAAUUUGACGUUAUCAAAUAUAUAGAAUGUCAAAUGUAAGUUUUGCUUCAAAAUUUUUGUGCAGAAUUACAGCUACAUUUGAAGUAGCUUAAUAAAUUAUUUUAUUAUUAUUGAUUAAUAAAUAAAUAAACAAUUUAUAAAAAAAUUCAAUAACAUAUUUUAUUUUUGUUAUUUUAUUCACUUUGACGGAAAUCUAAACACAGUCAUUUCUUUACUGUGUGAAUGACGUUAGCUUUGUAUGUUUUACAUAUUAAUUGCCAAAAUAUAAUUAUGUAUUUACCUUAAAAUUUCAAAGCCCAAUAUAAAAUUAGUUGUGAAAACAACUGUUUGUGUAAUAUAAAGAAACUUCAAAACGCAAAAAUUUGGCAAAAACCGCAAAAAAUUCAACUGACUGACAGCCACAAAAUUAAACAAAGCAGAAACGUCAAACAAAUUGUGCUUAAAAUAUGAAAACAUACCGAAUCGCCUUUUUUAUACCUAUCUCUUUUCAAUGCACUGAGUCUAGAUGGUUCAUAAAAAUAACAUGUGUUUUUACUUAAUAACAAACGUCAGCUGGUUUGUCAUGAGUUUCAUGCGUGGAAGAGAAUGAUGCUAGAUAAAAAGUAUGUGUUUUAUCUCGCCAGGUAUUAAUGACGCACGGGUAAAGACUCGCGGACUCAACUGUACUUAGUUCUUGUUUUUUCGUUAAGUGUCAUAACCUUUCAACGCGUAGACUUUCAUUUGCCAUUUAUUCGUAAUUUUUCCUCUGUAGCACCUGCAUUUGAAAAUCCGCGCCAAACUCUUAUAUUACGCAAUCACGUCUAUUGGUUUCUCUUUCUUGCCUAGCAAAAUCAUUCUUAAUAUCUAUAAUUUAUUCUCAUUCAUCAUUAUUCUCUUUGACUUCAUGCUUAUGCGGGGUCUGCGUCCCUAAAUGAAUUUGUCAAUAAGUUUCUAUCUUACCUCAUACCAAUACCAAUCUAUCCCCUUUGUAGACAUGUCAUGUCUGCCUCUCCUAUUCCUCCCAAAACCCUCAGAUCAGCAAUUCUUUGUAUUGGGUGAUUAGAGUCUCGACGUUGAACAGGGCCAAAUCAUCUUAACCUACGCUCUCUCAUUUUGGCAUCAAUUGGUGCGACCCCUAGACUUCGUCUAAUGUACCUAUUCUUUUUCUCAUGAUCAUCUUUCAGUGCGUCACAGUUUUUCGAUUUCUCUCUAACGCAUUAAAUUGUAUGUGACAGAAAAAAAGGCACGUCUGUGAAUACUUUGGUAAUUAUUCUAGUUCGGUGAUUACUCGGGUGAUUAUUCUAGUUGUCGAUAGAUGGCGCCAUAAUCAAAAAAGAAUUAUUUAUUAAAUAAAAUAAUAAUAUUAUCAAUAUAAUCUGUACAAUUUAUAAGACUAUACAAAUGAAAGAAAAUACCAGUUUAUAAAUGCAAUAGACACAAUUGAUUUGGUUUUAUUCCAAAUUGAAAAUAAAAUUUGACAACUGUCAGAUUUAACUAAAAUGUCACGUUAGAAUAAAUGUCAUAAAUGUGUAUUAUCACGGACUUACCUUUUUUUCUAUAAUUUGUGACGCACUGAAAAAUGUUCAUGAAAAGGAGAAUACCUACUCAUUCUUAAUUUAAUCCUGUUUUGUGACUUCGCUCAUCCAUUUAAGAAUUCUCAUUUCCGCCACAUAUAUUCGUUGUUCCCCUUUCUUUUUCACUGCCCAACAUUCAGUUCCAUACAUCAUAGCUGGUCUUAUAGAUGUUUUACAGAAUUUUCAGUUUCAUUGGAAUUUUUCUGUCCCACAACACACCACUCUCUUCUUUACUUUUUAAUAUCAUUUUACCGUCCUAAGAUAUUAUUUUAUUUGUAGUAACUCCAUCUUAAAAUAAAUAUUCCAAAGAUUCUGUUUUUGUCCUACUUGUUUUAAACCUUUUUCCCCAAGAGCUUGUCCCGACUGUUCCAGUUUUCACUAUUUCCUACUAAUACUAUAUCAUCAGCGUACAUUCAGCACCUAGGAUAACCAGGGAAUAUUUCCGUGUAGUUUCGAUGUUUUCUGUUCUAACAUUAAUAAGAAUAAAUAAAGAUUAAGCACCGACCCUUGGUAUAAUCCUACUUUCACAUAAAAUUUAUCAGUCUCUUCCACACACCUUUCCUAACAUUAGUUGUUACUUCCUCAUACAUGUAUCUCACAAUCUUUACAUAUUCACUGUGACUCCUUUCUUAUUGAGUACCCACCAUAGAAUCUCUUGAGCUACUCUAUCAUAUUAUACUUUCUCAAGAUCAAUGAUUACCAUAUUAUGAGCAUUUGUUUCUGUAUUCCUGUAUUUUUCCAUCAACUGCUUUAUAAUGAAAAUUGCAUGUGUUUUUGAUCUGCAUAAGCCAAACUGGUUAUCGGAUAUUUCGGUUUCUUCACGUAUCUUAUUUUUGUAAACAGGUAGGUACUAAUAUACCGCUUCUCCAUUCGUCUUAAAUUAAUUUGUCCCAGUUCCAUAAUUUUAUUAAAUAAUCCUGUUAGCCAACUUGUUCCUAUCUCUAAUAAUGCCCUCCACACUUUCCCAGCAAUACAAAUAAAAAUAAAAAAAUAUUUUUUUGAUUAGUUUUUUAUUCAUCUUUUGUGCAAAAAAAGUGCAUAGAGUUCGAAGUAAAAAUAAAAAAACUGAAAAGUGGACUAACUCACCCCUUUCUCAAAAACGUACCGCUUUAAAUAGUAGCAGUCCGAGGUUUUUUCAAAUUUGGAAGUCCAUUGACCAUAUUGUAACAAUUAAACGAGCGAUUCGUAUUUAUAUACGACUUUAUUAAUUUAUUUAUACAAGUUUUCUUUAGAAACUUAAGUUUAAACUAAACUCUCCCUAAUACCGCAAUUUGCUUAAAUACAAAAUAACGUUAUUCUCGAUAAUUCCAGACUUCGCCACCUCUAGCUAUUGUGUGAACUUCCACAUACCGCACGUCUUUCUCCGCCGAUUCCACGUAUAUCAUGCUUCCGCUAGAAUGUUCUCGAGAUGGAACCGUUUGGAGCUGCUACUUGCGGUCGGUCAUUCAUUAUUUUGUUACAAUAUGAAACAAUAAAACACCUUUAACGUUGUAGUUAUUUUUAGCUCUCUUCUUUUGAACACAAUCAAUAGUCUAAAAAAUGAACCUACAAAAACUGGCUGUCUCUCCUUGCCACACCUGCAUAAUAUUAAUUUGGUAUUGAUAUUGAUCAGCCUUAAAUAUCUGUCAAAAUUAGGCAAAAACAUGUAUCGUGUUAGAAAACGGCUGUUUAUAUUAUUAUGUCAAUUAGUGAUAAUUAUUUCAAGUAAUAUGUACUCGAAACUGGACAAUUCUUAUACAGAUAUUUCAAAAAUGUAUGUAGAAUAAAAAUGUACAAACAAAUUGCGAUUUUAUAAUGUGCUUGAAUUGUUUAUCUAAAUGUGUUAACACUUAAAUUUUUUUUUAUAUGAUUAUGCAUGCAGAUAUGCAAGAAUUCUGAAUUGAAGAAUAAGUGUUAAUAAGACAUCAGAAGCCAUACAGAAUCCAUCAGUUGCUAGCCAUAUUCACAAUAAUAUAUUCUUCUUGUUUAUUUCUCUCUUGCUCUAUUUCUUUUCUUUCCCUUUCUCUUAUUUUUCUUCUGCUUCAGAGAAAUUUUUAAUUGUCAUAAUGCUAUUCAAUUUCACCUUUUAUUCAUGACCUCCUUCUUUAUUUAUAUUUCAGUAUGCUUCAUAGAGUUAAAAAGGGUCUUCCACGGAGUCAUGUAUCUGUUACGAUAUGAUACAUCUACUAUACAGUCCACAUCUACUAUACAGUCUAAGCGAUGGAAGAGCUCAGUACUCAAUUUGAAGACAAAACCAGCUCUAGACUGUGGUUCCAACUAUCAAAUGUUGCAUGCAGAAUUCCACAUUAAGUGAAAAAUUGGUUCCAAAAUACCCAGAAAUUUUUAGAGGAGCAUUGGCAAAAGCUGACCUACUAUAGUGAUUACCGGAGACCCUGACAAAACUUGGGAAUACACAAAGAAGUAGAUCACUGAAGCCAUCAACAACUGAAAUCCCAAAGAACAAUUAGAAAGAAAAAACAUUCGAUGACUGAAGAGACUCUCAACCUUGCAGAAGAAAAACGAAAACUUAGAGCACUUUACUGAAUUAUUGACAGAAACAUCAUCAUCUUUGGCUCAACAAUCCUUUGGAGAUCCUGUUCGUUUCUUGGCGAUCUGUUGCUAUCUUCCGAUUUUUAAUAUUCCUGCAUCUAACAACCUAAUUCGCGGUCAGCCUCUGCUUCUUCUUUUUACAGGUAUUCCUAUGGUUCCAUCUAAGUCGCUGUUUUAAUGAACGUUACGAUGUGUGGUCACUCAGGUAGCAAAUCAAAGAGACGGGACUUCAGUUUAACGCGUUGGUGCAGGGUAAACAUCGGUCUAAAGUGAGUUGCGCACGAAAUCAGUGGUUUUGCGAAAUUGCCAGAUAAAAUUGUCGAAUAGUUGUUUAUUUAUAAUACACUUAAUAUUGUUUUUAAAAACAUAAAUUUUAAGUGCCGUAAUGGUAGGGGAGCAAAGUAUGCUAAAUUUGCAGUCACUCGAGCAAUAUGGGGACCUAUUGGGUUGUGAUUAUUAGGUACUAAAACC